GUAUCUCUCAGUCCUUAGGAGGUGUAACAGAUCUUGUUCCAUACUCACUGUUCUGUGCUUCACGUCAAAGCUCUCCUAGAUAGAUAAUGCUCUUCUACAUCGAUGAUCUUCCUGUCUAUUUUCCCUAUCCCAAAAUAUACCCUGAACAGUACAAAUAUAUCUGUGAUUUGAAAAAAGUCCUUGAUGUUGGUGGCCAUGCUGUGCUUGAGAUGCCUUCGGGCACUGGAAAGACAAUUUCCCUAUUAGCAGUCACUGUCGCUCACCAGAUGCACUACUCUGAACAUCGAAAAAUCGUCUAUUGCUCACGUACCAUGUCGGAAAUUGAAAAGGCUCUAGUCGAAUUGCACAACUUGAUGAAGUACAGAGAAAGCGAGCUAGGCUACGCCGAGCAAUUCCUAGGUCUAGGCCUAACAUCAAGAAAAAAUCUAUGUUUGCAUCCAACAAUCAAGAACGAAAGAAAGGGCACAGUUGUCGAUGAGAAAUGCAGAAGACUAACAAAUGGCCAAAACAAGAAAAAAAUUGAAAAUGGAGAUCUAGAUGUCUCUCUCUGUUCUUUCCAUGAAAAUAUGAACAGCAUUGAUCCAGGAAACUACAUCCCCUCAGGCAUUUACUCAUUUGAUUCUCUAUUGAACUACUGUCAAGAAAGAAAAACAUGCCCUUACUUUACUGUUCGUCGUAUGAUCCCCUUUUGUAACAUAAUCAUCUAUUCAUACCACUACCUACUAGAUCCAAAAAUUUCUGAAAGAGUCUCAAAAGAACUAUCAAAGGAUAGCAUCGUCAUAUUCGAUGAGGGUCACAACAUUGACAACGUCUGCAUUGAAGCCCUAUCGCUAGACAUAACAAAUGACACUCUAAAGAGAGCUACAAGAGCCGCUAAUGGUCUUAGUAAAGCAGUUAUAGAAAUUGAGAAAAAUGACUCAAAAAAAUUGCAAGAUGAAUAUGAUCAACUACUAGCCGGCCUAACUCAAUCAAAUAACGAAAAAAAUAACACUGUUCCCUUGUCAACUGACUUGAUACGAAAAGAGUUUCCAGGAACAAUCAUGAAGGGAAAAUACUUCCUUUCAUUUAUGAAAAGAUUUUUGGCCUAUAUCAAAGUUAGAAUGAAAAUUCUAAACACCAUCUGUGAAUCAACAGAAUCCUUUUUAAUCCACUUGAAACAACUAACCUUUAUUGAUAGAAAACCCUUGAAAUACUGCUCAGAAAGACUAUCCCUACUUGUAAGAAACUUGGAAUUAAACAAUAUCGAAGACUACACCGCCCUUAAAGAUAUUGCUACUUUUGCCACCUUGGUUUCUACCUAUGAAAAGGGCUUCCAACUAAUCAUAGAACCCUUUGAAACUGAUGAAGCAAAAGUCCCCAAUCCUGUUCUACACUUUGCUUGUCUUGAUGCCUCAAUUGCUAUGAAACCGGUUUUUCAAAAAUUCUCUUCUGUUAUAAUAACAUCUGGAACAAUAUCCCCUCUCGACAUGUACCCAAGAAUGCUUGAUUUUGAAACUGUUCUACAAAAAUCUUACUCAAUGACUUUGGCAAAAAAAACUUUCUUACCCCUAAUUGUAACAAAAGGCUCAGACCAAGUAGCCAUAUCUUCAAGAUUUGAAAUCAGAAAUGAUCUAAGUAUCAUUAGAAACUAUGGCUCAUUACUAGUUGAAUUUUCCCAAAUCACACCAGAUGGCUUGGUAGUCUUUUUUCCUUCAUAUCUUUACAUGGAAAGUAUCAUAUCAAUGUGGCAAAGCAUGGGUAUUCUUGAUGAAGUUUGGAAAUACAAAUUAAUACUAGUCGAGACUCCAGAUGCACAGGAAACUGCUCUAGCCCUACAAACUUAUAGAACCGCUUGCUCAAAUGGUAGAGGUGCAGUCUUGUUUUCUGUUGCUCGAGGAAAAGUGUCCGAGGGAAUUGAUUUCGAUCAUCAUUACGGAAGAACCGUUUUAUUAAUUGGAAUUCCAUUUCAGUAUACUGAAUCUAGAAUUUUAAAAGCUAGAUUAGAAUUUCUAAGAGACAAUUUUCAAAUUAGAGAAAAUGAUUUUCUUUCUUUUGAUGCGAUGAGACAUGGCGCCCAAUGCCUUGGUAGAGUAUUAAGAGGAAAGGAUGACUAUGGAGUAAUGGUAUUAGCAGACCGUAGAUUUUCUAGAAAGCGAAAUCAACUUCCCACUUGGAUUUUGCAAAGACUAUCCGAUGCUGAAACAAACUUAUCUACAGAUAUGGCUAUAUCUCAUGCUAAACAGUUUUUCAGAGAACAAGCCCAACCUAUGGAUCCAAAAGACCAAGAAGGUAUCUCUGUUUGGAAUUAUGAUCAAUUGCUUGAUUACCAAAAGUUACAGAGAAGAGAAGCGGGAAUUGAUUCAGAUGGAGAUUUUAAUAUGGAUGAACUUGAGUUAUUACCAGAUGAGGGAUUGACAAAAGAAGAACAAUUGGCAUUAGCAGACAUUUAGUCGAUUUUUUUUUAAAAUAAAAGAAUAUCUAUUGAUAAUUGAACAGAAAUAUUGACUUGUGUUAUUUUGUUUUAUAUAAAA